AUGCAUGUCAUUGCACGUACCACAGCUUUUCUAGGUACAAUUUCCAUCGUUGCCGGAGCGCCCCAUGUUAACAGAGACACCAGUCGGCAGGUUUUAAAGCCUCCUUCACCAGAACCUAUCGUUAUCACUGAACUACCCUUGCCUCCUGUUGCCGAUAAUACAGAGGGCUCAUGUACACACAAAACUGGAUGUCUUCAAAAGUACUCCCAGAUCCAGAGUGGAAAUUUUCUUCCUGAUAACAACCAUGUGCUUGUCAGCUUGAACUUCUCCGGAGCGCCGGCAGCUCCCAAUCCUGCUAGCAUCUACAACGGUACCCAUUUGGCUCUGAUCAAGGCCGAUGGGACCAAGUUCCCAAGCGGCGAUCCAUGGAAGUGUGUCACCUGCGGUGUCCCGGAAGAAAACAAGGUCGGCAGCACCGAGCUGUCUCCGUAUCCCCAGGCUUUCCUAGAUGGUAAACGGGCCCUGAUCGGGACGAACAUCGUUGAUUGCGGCUCGGCGCUACUCUCCAGUCCUGAAUGCACUCCAAACAAGGUGCAUAUAUACCCAAUCCGCUGGAAUAACAAAGCCGAUGGCUCCGGGCUUGGGGGAGAUAUACGAGAACUACGCCUACACCCUGACAAUGUGCAUCUGGGGUUCAACUCCUUCACUUUCUCCAAUGGUGAAUUAGGUCAGUUCGCCUACUUCAGCCGACUGGAGUUUAAUCCAUCGCCGACGACUGGCGAACCUCGCUCUGCACGGUACGAUCUGGUCAAAGUUACUAGGCUCUAUGACCCAGACAGCCCACAGCCUAUCAGCGUUAAGGGCGAUCAACUCUUUGUCAACCGGUCGGCCAUCGCCGUCGGAGAACUGCGAGGAUUCACCGGACGUGGUCAAGAGGUCACGUAUAUCGGAAGCUCUGUAGAGUCAUGCAACAUCGAUGUAUUCGCCGCCGACCUUACAACAGGAAAAGUCCGUCGGAUUACUGAUCACCCCGAGUACGUCGAUCCCAUUGAUGUCUCUCCCGACGGCAAGUGGCAAGUCAUCCUCGAUACCCGAGGAACUGGUCGGCAGAUGUUCAUGGCUGGAAUGCGCGGCAUACCGCCAAUUAUCGAUCUGAUCGCUGCCACGGUCGUGUCUUCCACUCGCAACAAUGGCCCUCGCCGAUUCUUCCGCCCCUGGCUUCUGGACCACGAUGGCGAUCGAGGUGACUACUACGGCCAGCAAAUCAACGGUGCCGGUGACGGAAGCCCAGGAAGCAUCAACGAUCCCAAUUGGAAUGCUGGAGCAGACCCAAAGUGGUCUCACGAUGGCACUCGCAUCGCAUACUUUGAAAACCUCGUCGUUUCGCCCUCUUGUGGCGGCCAGAAUCCUCUUCCCUGUCCGGAAUCCACUGAGCCUGGUGGUCGUGUCACUCGUUUGAUGCUUGCUCAGCUCACAAGCCGUGAACCGCUUGACCUGGAGCCGGUUGCCCCGGUCUCUGAUGAAGUUCCCUGGGGUGUCCCGUAUGUGCCUGAAAGCGCGAAUCCUGGCCGUCUUGUUCUAGCCGAAGGAAAUUAUACUCUCAAGGGAGAGGUGUCAGGUUUGGCCUCUAUAGCAAUCAUUCACGAUAAGGCCAAUUCAGCAGGUAUCAAGACCAUCGCAGUCAGCUAUCGCAACUAUUCUGACGAUGGCCUACAUACUAUCGACGGGUCUGAGAGGUUCACCAAUACAGUAACAUCCGCGACGAUAAGCCAUGUGGACUGGUUUUCCGAACUCACGUCUACUGGUCAGGUUACUGCAAGCAAGAAGACUGGCCCCGGUGGGUUCCAGUUGGAGAUCGAUGCCAUGACUAAUAUCUUCAAUGCAAAUGGGACCUUGACGACCACUAUUGACGGCAAAGUUUGGAAGCAACCUGCGAACGGAACCUAGGGAGUGCUCAUUUCCACCAAAUACCAUGGUAUUAACAUCUGGUGAACAAUAGCGAAACAUCUCAUCUCAGGGACGGGCGAGCUUGC